AUGGCUGCCACCAGCCACACGGCAGCGCCGGCGGAAGAAAAAAACCCAAAGAUGAGAGUGAUUCGCGUGGGUACCCGCAAGAGCCAGCUGGCGCGCAUACAGACGGACAGUGUGGUGGCAAUGCUGAAAACCUUAAACCCGGGCCUGCAGUUUGAAAUCAUUGCUAUGUCCACCACAGGGGACAAGAUUCUUGAUACCGCACUCUCUAAGAUUGGAGAGAAGAGCCUGUUUACCAAGGAGCUGGAGCACGCGCUGGAGAGGAAUGAAGUGGACCUGGUUGUGCACUCCCUGAAGGACCUGCCCACCGUGCUUCCUCCAGGCUUCACCAUCGGCGCCGUCUGCAAGCGAGAGAACCCCUAUGAUGCUGUUGUCUUUCACCCAAAAUUUGUUGGGAAGACCCUAGAGACCUUGCCAGAGAAGAGUGUGGUGGGAACCAGCUCCCUGCGGAGGGCGGCCCAGCUGCAGAGGAAGUUCCCACACCUGCAGCUCAAGAGCAUCCGGGGAAACCUCAAUACCAGGCUUCAGAAGCUGGACGAGCUGCAGGAGUUCAGUGCCAUCAUCUUGGCGGCAGCGGGCCUGCAGCGCAUGGGCUGGCAGAACCGCGUGGGGCAGAUCCUGCACCCCGAAGAUUGCAUGUAUGCUGUGGGUCAGGGGGCCCUGGGCGUGGAAGUGCGAGCCAAGGACCAGGACAUGUUGGACCUGGUGGGCAUGUUGCACGAUCCUGAGACCCUGCUUUGCUGCAUUGCCGAACGAGCCUUCCUAAAGCACCUGGAAGGAGGCUGCAGUGUUCCCGUAGCAGUGCACACGGCUAUUAAGGAUGGGCAGCUGUACUUGACUGGAGGAGUCUGGAGUCUGGAUGGCUCGGAGAGCAUGCAAGAGACCAUGCAGGCCACCAUCGCUGUCCCUGCCCAGCAUGAAGAUGGCCCUGAAGAUGACCCACAGUUGGUGGGCAUCACUGCCCAGAACAUUCCACGGGUAGCCCAGCUGGCUGCUGAGAACCUGGGCACCAGCCUGGCCAACUUGUUGCUGAACAAAGGAGCCAAGAGCAUCUUGGACGUCGCUCGGCAGCUUAAUGAUGCCCACUGA